AUGGGUGGUAUUUUAACGUUAAACCUAAAGAAAAAAUGUGGAGAGGAUGGAACAUGUACAUGUCAAAGUGGCAGUAAUAUACCUGGCAUAGAGGCCAAAAAAUUUGUUGAUAAACCUACUAAAGGCUUCAUCAAAUAUGUUCAUUAUACUACAGGAGGAAUAUUUAAGCUAAGCAAGACACUCGGUAGCAAUGGAGGUAGGAUAAUAGAGGUAGGAGGAACAGGAGCAAGAAAACCCAUAGAAGGUGUCAAGGAAGUAGCAGUAUAUUACUGGAAUGGAGCCCCUAAUAAACCAAUCCUUCUUGGAAUUACCAAGGAUUAUGGUCAACCUACAUUAUAUGGAAAAUACCUUAGUUUUUGGGGCAACGAGCAAGUGAAAGGUCUGGGUGAACUAGAUGCACUUGAUGAUUUUAACUGCAAGAUUAAUGAUGCAGUAGUAUUUAACAUAACUAGCUCUCAGUCAAGUGAUCUUCUCAAUAACUCCAAUUCUACUUGUAUAACUAAAUAUAGAAAUAUUGCGGAAUCUAAUCCUCCAAAUAACCCUUCGGGUAGUGAGUACGUUACUACAGCAUACAAAAUUCAUGGUCAUAACACAAAAAUUUCCAGAGUAACAUAUAAGGGAAAAGAUACUGAUAUUGAUCUCACUAAGCACGGUCCAGUUUCUCAAAUCAGACUCUAUUCAUAUCCUGGUAGUGUUAGCGUACCUAUUAUGCUCGAGUUCAAGCCACCUGAUAGUGGAACAUCUAGGUGGUUUUAUAGUACAAACAUAAAUGGUGUCAAAUGGCUAGAAACUGGUGAUUCCGGAUUUUAUGAUAACACAGAUAACACUACCCCAAAACCUGCACUUUCCGAACAACUUGAUAAAGUUCUGUGUUCUAAAUAUAACAAUGUUACCCUAAACCUUACCAAAGGAACGUACAACACUGGAGCUAGGUAUUGCUGCGACGACCAUAAAAGUGAUGCCAGGAUCUCUGUUAUAAAAGGAGAGAUCAGAGUAAAUGGUCAGGUAAUGACUUCAUACUACCAGCAUACUAUUAGAAAUGGAUAUAGUCUGGGUGGUAUCUAUUACAAAGAUGGUAGUAACAGGAAUAAGAUAACACUUCCAGGAGUAUCAUUUCCAAUAUCAGGUAUAAAUAAUGUUUAUGUGUUUUACUGUCAAGGGAAUGGACCAUCACUCAUAUAUGUUGACAGUGGAAACUCUGCAGCAAGAGGCUGGUACAAGAAUAGUAAUGGUCAAUGGACAUGGAUCCUUCAGCUCAGUGGGAUAAAGCAUGCUGAUAUAGAUAGCGGGCCUAACUGUUCGAAGUGGAAAAGGCUGAAAGAAGUACUGAGUCCACUGGGUUGUGAUAAAUUGGAAGAUUGUACUUAUGGUAGAGAUAACGAACAAAAAGAUCAAGACGAAAAACAACUAGCAAAAGAAGAGAAAGAAGCAGAAAAGGAACGAAAUAACGCUCUGAAACCACCUCUUACUGCUCCUGUACUCGAAAACUCUCCAAGCACUAUAAACUCUGAUGAUGCUUCUGAACCUGAAGAUUCUGGUGGAGAACAAUCACUAGAACGUUCGGAAACUGAUGCUGGAGGACAGGAGUCUAAGGAAGAAUCUGAAGAAGAGGAUGAUGAGAAGGAAGCUGAGAAAGAAAAAGGAGUUGGUGAAACAUCUCCUGCUCCUGCUAAACUUAUUUCUGGUGUUAAUAAUAGUGGAGAUGGAGAAGGCACUGGUCAAGGACUAUGGGAUGAUAUAGCUACAGCUACUGGUUCUGUACUAGCUGGAUCAGCUAUAGCUCUUGGACUGGCCGAUAAGAUUAUUUGUUCUGCUGCUAAAAGAGCCGGUAGAGCUCCAAAACCAGGACCGAUACCAGGAGUAGUAGGGCAAGAAAAACAUGCUAAAGAUUCUGAACAUCCUCAAAAACAAAAUGUUAGUAAUCCAUCUUCUGUAGAGUCUCAACAUGCUGAUCACGCUUUAAUCAUACUUUUGAUAUGGUCGUUUGUUAUGACCAGUGUGACAGAGCCUGGAUACAUCCCAAGUGAGUGUAUAACGCCUGAAUACACAAGAUGUACAGGAGCAUGGAAACUGGAUUCUAAUUGUAUAUACGAAUGUAAUGAAAGAAAAAGGAACGGUGAAUUUAGGUAUUGCAAGGUGGAAAAUUGUUACAAGCCGGAUAGAGCCCAUUUUUGCAGGAAACUCGGUAAAAAUGUACUAAAAAUGGAUCAUUACUGCCCUUGGGUCUCAAACUGCAUUGGAUUUUACAACUACAAGUUCUUUUUUCAGACCCUCUUUUACUCGAACAGCGUCAAUAUUUUCAUGCUUAAUCACAUUUAUCACGAAUUUUUCAAGGUAUAUUACGAUCAGAACUCAACAUUUAAUGAGUUAUUUUAUUUGGCUUUAAUCGGGACACUCAUUACGAUAAUCACACUGAUCAUUUUCCCGUUUAUGCUCUUCCACUUGUGGUUAAUUUCAAUCAACAAGACCACUAUUGAAUUUUGUGAGUGGAAGGCUUCCGGUUCAUACAACUAUAACCUCGGGAUAAUCUCGAAUUUUAAACAAGUAUUUGGCACAAAUAUUCUCUUUUGGUUUCUCCCAAUUGGCUAUCCGGUUGGGGACGGUCUUCACUUUAAGGGCGGUCUCAAGUAUCAGAGCGUUCUCUCACUCUAA